GACGAGCAAGCCUUGCAGGCUGUUGAUCAGGGAAUGGAUCAGCAGAUGGCACAAGUAGAAUCCCGAGAGCCGGUGGCACCUGGUGGCAGUUAUCGUAAAUACUCGAUGGUUGGGAAGGUUGGGAGGGGACGACAUGGUGAUGAGGUGGAGAGAGCCAGCACUUGCGCACACAUGCGGUCUGAGAAGCGAGCCAAAAAAGCAUUCGAGCAGAACGAGCUGAUUGUGCAGACUCUUCAAGAUUCAGUUCUUGUCAAGGAGGGCAAGACUCUUCAAUUGUCUGUGAAGGGCAGCUCUUGUGGCCUCAAGAUCAGUUUGCACAAGGUUGGAAGCAAGGGGAAUAGAUUCGCCCGGAAAAUACAUUUUGCAAGCUUCAUCAAAUCGUCCUUCGGUAUGAAUACCAACAACGUGGCCCUGGCAGCCAUGAUGAACCUUGACAAAUCGACUGUGCCGAGACUUCAAAAGACCGUGGCAGGGGUCUUUAUGGCGUCGCAAGCGAAGAUAUUAGCUCGUCUUUGUUCUUACUGUCAGGCCAACCCUCCAACUUGUGUUCAUCAUCAUGUGAAGUGGGAUGAAACUACAGUGGCAACAUCCUUGAAUCCGGGUGGGGCGAGCCAGAGUGUAAAAUCAGCUUGGUCAGUGCUGGUGGUCAGAGCCAGGAUAUUGAUUUCCUGGCCCAGUGGGGCGAUGCUGCAGCUUCGGCUGGUGAUGCCGACCGUCCCAAUGAUGACUUGCUCUGCUGAACAGAUCUUUCAUGCAUUGGAACAUCAUCCGAGUUUCUACACAAUCAAUGGAAUGGUCCGACUACUUCAGAAAUCUGCACAAUUGGCAGCCACUCUUCACGAGGUGGAUGGAGCAUACGCAAACAUCAGAUUGCACAACCACUUCUUGUCCAUGGGUGCUUUUGAUCCUUCCGAGAAGUCAGACGGCGUUUUCCUUGAGUCUGCACGAUGUCAGUCCCAUGCGACCCAUCUUAUAUCUGUUGCUAUGCUAGCUUUGAUAGGUGGCAAUUUGCUGAACAGAUAUUAUGGGCUUGCAGUGUUCAUGAGGAAUCUGGGGUACUUGCUUCGACUGCAGAUGGCACUACAACAGUGGAUCCAGGAGUUGGGCAACGGUUUGGACGGUUUGGAGUUUGGAGAAAGGGUCCUAUGGUAUGAGCACUUGGUAUUCCGUUGCCCUAGCGAUGAAUCGGAUGAUAACAAUGAUGAAUCACAUGAGCCGGAUGCAUUGAUGAGCGAGACAGUGGACUUUCUUCGCACUUGGCACCAUGGGCGGGAUGCCGACGGCGAGGAUGAGCAUUCUCGGCAUUCUCAGUUUGAGGAACGGUUGGAGAACUUUGUUGGGAUGUGGAAUGGUAGCUUCUCGGGGUAUCCAGUUCAUCACUGUUGUGCCGAUCAUUGCAUCAGUCGGGAUGAAGCUGCCCGGAAGAUGUCGAGCACGUUCAUAGAGCUGCUAUUGACCACAUUGCCCUCGGUCCCUGCUCCCGGCAAGUGUUUUCCUGCCAGCGACUUCGUGGGUUUAGGGAUCUUGAUUAAUAACUUUCUUCCGAUUAUCUUUGAUCUGGCAUUCAAGCCUGUCAUGUUCUCUGCAGACUUGAAACAGGACGAAGCAGCAGAUCCGAGAUUGGUGGAGGGGUUAUUUUUUCAUGCUGUGCAGGGAAAGCGCUUUGAAGCAAGCAAGGAAUUCUUGCACGAUGCGGAUGCAAGGUGGGGUGCUAGAUGUUGGCUGUUGGUCUCAGAGCACUUACGUCGAUUAGUCUUCUUUGGGUUGCGAGGCUUGAAAGCUGAUAAGAAGAUUUCUGAGAGGUUUGUGAUCUGUGAAGUGUUGGACAAAGGGAGCAGCAUCAUUUGGGCAGUGUUGCAGAACAUUGCUCAUCAGUUGAUGGACAAGACUGGAGGCGGGAGGCUAUGCAUGAUUUGGCAAGCUUCUGAUUGUAAAUCUUUUGCCCAGUGGUGCAGUACAUGCCCUCAAGAAGUCCGUGCAUUACGUCGAGUUCUGCUUGCACUUUCUGGAUGGGUUUUCCGGAGGCAUGUUGCAUACUGGGAUGAGUUUCCAUGGGCACUCCUUCAAUUCUGCGAUCCUUCUGCCUCGCCCGAAGUCGUAUCUACAGUAAAACAACGAUGGGACGAGGCUGCUAGCUGCUGUGUGCCUGCCGGUUGGGCCCGAUCUCUGAAGAAGUUGAGGGUGGAUGCUGACACUUUACAUGAAGAGCCGAAGUAUCAGAUGCUUUUGUCAGGUUACGGCCGACUUCUCCAGCUCACGAUUGCUGAUGUUGAAUGCAAACAUGCACUUUCACGUCACUGGAGUGAUCGUCCUUUCCCAACACUGACAGCUAAGCAUAUCAAUGCAGAGGCCAAGACUUGUGUGCAGGAGGCUUCAGAGCAACUCAAAUCACUGCGAUCCAAAUCCCCAUGCUGCAAAUCUGCACCUGCUGACAGUCGCCAGGUCGUGUCCAUGCGACAGAAGCAGAUUCGUUCAAAGUCGGCAUACAUGUUCCUGAGGGAUGAUUUGUUGCGGACUGCUACGAUUUCGCUGAAUCCGUGCACGAAGGAGUUUUGGAAAGAAUUGCAGGGUCGAUGGGAUUCUUUGACACCAGUGCAACAAGCAUUCUAUGAAGAGAAGGCAAAACAAAGUCAGAUGAUGUCCGACCAAAAGCGCCGUGAGAAGCGGGCCUUGUCUCAAGGUGGCAGAAGUGCAGCACCAUGCAUUUCAGCAGGUUCCCUAGAUGCUGGGACACAGCAGCUUGCCAUUGCAGGAGCACCCCAACCUCUUGCCCCACAGCCGCCUGGGCCGCAGCCAUUGCAGACUGACACUUUGCCAUCGAUACCCUACAAUCCGUGGUUGCUUGCUUCCGAAGCUAGUGUCACAGAGGAUGUUGGGGCACUGUGCAACAGAGUGGCCGAUGUUGUGAAGGCUCCUACAUCUGCAGCUCCCGAUUUAGUAGAUGAGCAUUUGAGGGAUAGUCCUGUCUCUCAGGGUCAGCUGGAAUCAUGGUGGCGGGACAGUCUUAAUCGGGGUCUCACCUGGGCUCAGUGCUUGCUGCAGUACAAUCGAGAGUCGCAACGAUUCAGUAUCCCUCCUCCAGGGUCUUCAUUUCCAGACAAGGUGACAUAUCACGGCCAUUGUGGUUGUUUCUGUAGAAAUCGAGCAUCCCCACGAGACGUGCUUUCAUUCCUCAAACUCCUUCAAGCAUUUAAUCAGGUGGCACAAGCCGGGACUCUAUCGGAUAUCCUUUUGAAGCUUACUCUGGGUCAGGGUUUGUCGCACCAAUAUGUUUGGAUGACCGCUCAGAGUGCACGAUCUGGUGUGCACCAGCCGUCUCAGAUUUUCAUUCUGACCGACGAGAUGAAUGCUGAGGCCGAGGGCGGUUAUGUGCGAGUGGUUUUACGAGCAGGUCCCCUUUUGGGCUCCCGUGUUCCGUGGUGCCAGGCAGCUUUGCAGCAUGGGCCAUUGGUGCACGAAACAGAGCAGUCGUUUGCCAAGUCUUUGCUUAAUGCUGCACAUGAUAUCGAUGCUGAGCUUGUGACGGUUUCGAGAAUGUCUUUCCAGGAUGUGGAUUUGUGCACGGUAGAAGUGACUGGGAAAUGGAUAGGUUCGGAAGAUCUCGUCAUCCAUUUGUUGCCCGAUGAAGAGCAUCCUGAAGACUCAGAUCCACGAGUGGCUGCACCGCCCAGUGCAGCAGUGCUUCCUGAUGCUGGACCCGGAGAGGGCUUCGACUUGCUUGAAGAAGUGCUGCACGGUCCUCGCCGUGCUCGGGGGCGAGGAAGGGGGCGGGGACGUGGUGGUCGCACGUCUGCGGAUUUACGGCAGGGGCUAAUUGCUUCAUUACCUUUCGAUCCUGCCUCUAUGCAAGAUGAACUAGAGUCGGAGUUGCAGUCGCUUCUGCAAGAGCAUCAUGUGUUGUUGCCGCCAGAGCCCGCUGCAAACCAAUCUGGUGAUGCCAUGGGUGAUUUGCUGCAGGAUCCUGUCAUGUCUGCAUCGUUACCUGAAGCCUUUGGCGAAUCUCUACAGGAAGCAGUAACUACUUGUCAGCAGGCGGAUGCCGGCCUCCAUGCUAUAUUUCCUGAAUCUGACGACGAACAAGUCCAGGGAGAAUCGUUGGGCGAGGAUGCAUUUGAUGCUGCGGAUGGAGCUGACGGUGGUGCCAAUGAUGCUGAGAUGAGGGCUCCGGGCGAAGGUGCAUCGCCGACAGGAGGCAUUGGAUUGGAUGCGGAUUCGGGCCCACAGGCACCCUGGUUCUUGAGUUGA